CUAUGACGCAACAGUGAAACAAGCUCGGACGGAAAAAGGAUUAAUUCCAACAAUUCCUGACGAUAAUUGAGAUCGAUUAACACCAGAGAUCCGGAUCAGAUCAACAGAUGUAUUAUCAAAACUAUUUACUGCUAAUUUCCUUGCUAUUUAACGCUAUCUUCUCUUAUAAUAUUGAUGUUCAAUCCCCCUAUGUGGUAAAGGUCCAGGCCAACCAGGAGGGGUCAUUGUUUGGAUUCUCUACAGCUCUUCACAUAUACAACGGCGAAAAGUUCAUUUUAGUCGGUGCUCCACGAGCAAACUGGACGUCGGGUACUGGAGUAGGGCUUGACAGUCCAGGAGCUGUUUACAAAUGUCCCCUGGAUGACUCCAUUGCUAACCCUGAUUCUGAAGCUACGUGUACAGAACAGAUAACGCAUUUCACCAACGACAACGAGCGAAACGAAGCAAAAGAAGAUAAGGCAAAUCAAUGGCUGGGUGUAAACAUUCAGUCGACUGAUAACCACGUGACAGCAUGCGCGCACAGAUACGUGUCUCUGGAGGGAGGAGAUAAUAAAAGGAUGCCGAUAGGUAAGUGCACUGUGAUCGGACCCUCUCUUGAAGGAAAUGAUGGUGUUGAAAAGAAGACAUUGUUUCCUUGCAGAGAUAGCGCAGGCCUCAACCUCGACAGUGGCUCUUGCCAGGUUGGUUCAAGUCAAGUUCAGUACAAAGACGGUAGUAAGUCCUACCUGCUGUACGGAGCACCCGGUGUAGAUAUCUGGGAGGGAAGUGCUUAUCUAGCUGAGAGUCUGGACGAUGUUAAGUCAUCUAAAAAGAUUGACAAGAUGGAUCCAGGUCCGAGGGACUUUAAUCAAUAUAACGGAUACGCAGUAGCUAUUUGCAGGAUGAGUGGUGCUGACCAACCCCUCGACUUAAUUACCGCGGCUCCUCGUGCUAACAACUACCUUGGCAUACUGUACUUCUUCGUCAGUGACAACACCAACACAAACGAGAAGACUCUACUCAGGAACAGCAGAUUCAACGAACAACUCACAGGUGACCAGAUGGGGGCUUAUUAUGGCUACUCAAUGGCGUGUGGUGAUCUGGAUGGUGAUGGUAACGACGACCUGGUUGUCUCCGCACCUUGGUACUCAAUGGUAACCAACUCCAAGUCUUCCAUUGUCAGUGUGGGACGGGUUUACGUGUACUACGGGGAUCCCAACAAGGUUGUGGCUAAUGCCAACAAACCCACUAUUAUUGAGGCGCCCCACACCACCACUUCUGCGUUUGGACUGGGUUUAGCCCACAUUGGUGACAUCAACAAGGAUGGUUACCAGGACUUUGCUAUCGGAGCACCGUAUGAGAACGACUAUAAAGGUGCUGUUUACAUAUACCACGGCUCAAGAAACGGCAUCAAGAAAACUCCUGUCCAGGCCAUCUACCCAACUGAGCUAGGAAAUGGAUUAGGAGACAAUCUGCUGUCCUUUGGUUGGUCCAUAUCGGCUAACAAGGACAUGGACAGUAACGACUACCCUGAUAUGGCUAUUGGAAGCUACAUGUCUGAAAGAGUGGUGUAUCUCCGAUCUCUUCCAAUUGUUGAUCUAAAUAUCGAGAUAGUGAUCCCUUCGGACCCGGUGGAUCUAGAAGAUGAGACCAAGAACAUUCCUGGCUCUGCCCCAGUCCAGUCUUACCCUGGCACUACUCUCAAGAUCUGCUUCAGAACUUACAGACAAAGUGUUGGUAAAUACGAGAUAAACUACGAAGUAGAGCUCGACUACAAGCAAAGCUAUGCUCCACGUGCUUUCUUCCAGGAGAAUGCAGCCAGCAAAAUUGAGUUCAAGAAGAGUGACACAAAGUUGAUAGACAUCAACUCACCUGAGAUACAGUGUACACCCGAAUGGACAGUGUUCCUUAAGAAGAAAGAUCAGAUGUUCGACGCGCAGACUUACAUUGAGGUCAACAUGACAGCUAAUAUCAAGGAAUCAGACGAUAUCGCGGACAGAGCAGUGCUGAAGCAGGAGCAGGUGACAGCAGCCAAGGGACGGAUUGUUAUCAAGUCUAUCUGCACCUCCGACACAGGAAUAUGUCAGUGUGAUGUUAGUCUGAAGGAGCCCAGUGUUACUUAUCUACCCGCUGGUUACGAUAGUAUAGUGCUGGAUAACGUUAACCAGGUGAUAGUGAAGUAUGAAGUAGAGAACCUGGGACCAGAUAACGCUCAUGUUCCUACCCUGAUAUUAGAACUCCCACCGAAAGUUACCUUCAUCAGAAGGACGCCAGUAGAUGAUCAGACAGAGGCUGACGUUUCUCAGAUAGCCUGCUCAGAAAUAGAAGCUAAUGAUAAGAAUUACGUAAUGUGUUUCCUUCAAGAUCCCCUUAGGGUGGGCGAACCCUCAAAGUUCGGGAUCAAGCUCGAUACAAUGAGCUUAACUGAUGUUGAGGCUAUUAAGUUGACUGCCAAGGUGAACAUUGGCUCUCCUAGCGAGGAGAAAGAAGGUAAAAAAGGAAAUAACGAGCAAACAAUAACACUUGAUGUUGGAGAACAGGCUAAUCUGGAAAUCCGGGGCACCUCAGCAACUGACCAGAAUGCUAUCAGGCCAGACCUGGCUCUACUUGAAGACAAUGCCUUCCUCAGAAGCAUCAAACUCGAGGUUCGACAUACAGUGUCAGUACUGAUAAAGGAGAGCGAUAAGAAAGACGGGGAUGAAGAUGGAAUUACAAACAUUGUUGUCGAGGUCAGCUGGCCAAUGCGGGACCAUGAUGGCAAUUAUUUGCUUUAUCUUAGUGAGGUGUAUGUGAAAGAUAACCAGAUCAAGGAUAACUUCAUAGUCGACUCCAACGUUAUAGACCCUAAAUGUUUCUUCGACUACAACGAGGACUGUAAGAAGGCUCCAGAAUUCUCUGCUGUGUCGGAAGGGGAGAAAACAGAAGAGGAGAUGGAGCGAGCAGCAAAUGCAGCUGUUCUUAACACCAACUGUAGCAUUCCCGAUCCAGGGUGUGAGAAAUUCAACGUCACUAUCAACCUGCUCAAGGCAGGCAGUAUCAACAUGAAGGACCUUGAGUUUGAGAUGCGGUCCAUUAUUUGGCUCCCUAACGUUAUUAACCGCGGAGAUUUCAACGCGACGUCAACCGCACGAAUUGUCUCAGUCGGACAAAACCUCGUUAUUCCUCCUGGAUCAUCAGUUGAGAUGAGGACGAGGGUCUUUGAAGAAACUGAAGAGAAAAGAGACGUGUUAUGGAUCAUUAUUGGGUCCGUUAUCGGGGGAGUAGCAAUUCUCGCCAUUCUUAUUGUAGUUCUUUGGAAGGUCGGUUUCUUCAAGAGGAAGAUGCCACCCCGGGAUGGUAAUGGUGGAAUGUGAAACUGAGACUUAGUUAAUUUGAUAUUUUGUGAUACGAGUGUUUACUUUUAUUCAUUUGCAGUCAUUUCAAGCAGCAGUCUGUGAAAAUUGGUUACAAAUUUGGGAAUAUUAAGUUGCACAUUGUUUAAAUAUCGUUUAAAGUUUUGUCAUUCUUAAUAACUAUUGGAAGUAAGUGCCGUUGUGUUUAGGUGUAAAGUGUGGACACUUAUCUAAAUUUCAUAGUAUCAUUCCUUGUGAUGUCAAUAAUAGUCUAGAUUGUUCUAUCAUAUCUGGAGGUUGGGUGGCCCCUAAGUGCUGGCACUUUAAUUUUGAGGUUUCAUUUUUGGGAUGCAAUACAAUACAUACUUAACACGGUGCAUUGAAUUCUCAACAAAAAUAUCAUCGUAAUUUUGAAAUAUGAGUUACAGUGGGAAUCCUAGGGGUAUGGUGUUGGUAUCUCUGAUUUUAAAUUUUAAAUUUUAUGAGAAAAAGUGUGAUGAUGAUUCGUUAAAAUAACUUAGUAUAAUCGUUUUAGUGCCAUUUAAUUUAGGUUUAAACGGGUUAGGACAAAUUUGUAGUUAAUAAACCAAAUGUUUUAAAAUACGUCGAGUUGUCGAAUGUAGUUGAUUUGAUAUUUGCAUUCAGGCUUCACAGACCAUAUUUCAUCUUUGCAGCUUUUUCAUUACUUUCUACCUUUUCGAUACUAGAAUUUUAAGAAAUUAUAAAGAAACUAAGGAACUUGAAUGCUGAAACGGAAUGAUUCAUUUUUUCGUAUUUUUGAAUCUUCAGAAGAGCCUUAAUGAUAACUAGAAAUUUAUAUUAUAUUGAUGAAGAAUAAUAUGUUCUUUUUAGACUUAUUUAAAUGUUUUUAUCAGAAAUUUAUUUUUAUCGAUAACUUAUU